AGGUUGCCGUCGUGCGUGGUCAGUUGGUUGCGCGCCGGUCGAGUGUGUGGACGGGUGGAUCGUUGUUGGAUCGUUAUUUGGUGGUAUUUUUUUUGGUGCACCGGGCGAGACUUUUAUGCGAGUUGCGGGACAGGACGGUGCCGCGGGUGUCCUUACGCGAGGGUGCACCCUUUUUAAGGGUUAAGCAGAAGUGAGCUGUUGGUCCGAUUGACAAAAUGACGACCGACAUCUCGGUGGUGCGCGGGGGUUGGGACCCUACGCUGCAGCAAGAGAUUGUCGACGAGUACGAAUACGACGGGGGAAACUCGAGCUCGAGACUUUUCGAACGCUCACGCAUCAAGGCAUUAGCUGGUGAGCGUGAAUUAGUGCAAAAGAAGACUUUCCAGAAAUGGGUCAACUCCCACUUAGUCCGAUGCUCGUGCCGAAUCGGCGAUCUGUACGCCGAUCUGCGGGACGGCAAGAUGCUGAUAAGGCUCUUGGAAAUCCUGUCGGGUGAGCGCUUGCCGCGCCCCACCAAGGGCAAGAUGCGCAUCCAUUGCUUGGAGAACGUGGACAAGGCUCUGCAAUUCCUGCGCGAGCAGAGGGUGCAUCUGGAGAACAUGGGUUCCCACGACAUCGUCGACGGGAAUCCGCGUCUGAGUUUGGGUCUUAUCUGGACGAUAAUCCUGCGAUUCCAGAUUCAGGACAUCACGAUCGAGGAGACGGACAAUCAGGAGACCAAGUCCGCGAAAGACGCGCUACUGCUGUGGUGCCAGAUGAAGACCGCGGGUUACCACAACGUGAACGUGAGGAACUUCACGACGUCGUGGCGGGACGGGCUGGCAUUCAACGCGAUCAUCCACAAACACCGUCCGGACUUAAUUCAAUUCGAUAAGCUCUCGAAAUCGAACGCGAUACACAAUCUCAACAACGCGUUCAACGUCGCGGAGGACAAGCUCGGUCUCACGAAACUCCUGGACGCCGAGGACAUCUUUGUCGAUCAUCCGGACGAGAAGUCCAUCAUAACGUACGUCGUCACGUACUACCAUUACUUCUCGAAGAUGAAGCAGGAAACUGUGCAGGGUAAGAGAAUCGGCAAGGUGGUCGGCAUCGCGAUGGAGAACGACCGUAUGAUAAACGAAUACGAGAGCCUUACCAGCGACCUGCUGCGCUGGAUCGAGGCGACGAUCGAGGCGCUCGGCGAUCGCAGGUUCGCGAACUCUCUGGUGGGCGUGCAGUCGCAGCUCUCGCAAUUCUCCAACUACCGCACGGUGGAGAAGCCGCCGAAAUUCGUGGAGAAGGGCAAUCUCGAGGUGCUGCUGUUCACUCUGCAGUCGAAGAUGCGCGCGAACAAUCAAAAACCGUACACGCCGAAGGAGGGCAAGAUGAUAUCCGACAUCAACAAAGCUUGGGAGAGGCUGGAGAAGGCUGAACACGAGCGGGAAUUGGCUCUUCGCGAGGAACUGAUUCGGCAAGAGAAGUUGGAGCAGCUGGCAGCUAGAUUCAACCGCAAGGCCAGCAUGCGUGAGACAUGGCUGUCGGAGAAUCAACGACUGGUGGCGCAGGACAACUUUGGCUUCGAUCUCGCCGCCGUGGAAGCCGCCGCCAAGAAGCACGAGGCUAUAGAGACCGAUAUAUUCGCUUACGAGGAGCGCGUGCAGGCCGUUAUGGCGGUCUCCCAGGAGCUCGAGGCGGAAAACUAUCACGACAUCGAGCGCAUUAACGCUCGCAAGGACAACGUCCUGCGACUGUGGAACUAUCUUCUCGAAUUGCUCCGCGCUAGGCGGAUGCGAUUGGAAUUGUCGCUGCAGCUGCAACAGAACUUCCAGGAGAUGCUGUACAUUCUCGACAGCAUGGAGGAGAUCAAGAUGCGAUUGCUGACGGACGAUUACGGCAAGCAUCUCAUGGGCGUGGAGGAUCUUCUGCAGAAGCACUCUCUUGUCGAGGCGGAUAUCAACGUCCUCGGCGAGAGAGUCAAAGCCGUCGUGCAACAGAGCCAGAGAUUCCUAGAGCAUGGAGACGGCUAUCGACCGUGUGACCCGGCCAUCAUCGUCGAACGCGUGCAACAACUGGAGAACGCGUACGCCGAACUGGUCCGGCUGGCGAUCGAGCGUCGUACCAGGCUCGAGGAGUCUCGGAAACUCUGGCAAUUCUACUGGGAUAUGGCGGACGAGGAGAAUUGGAUAAAGGAGAAGGAGCAAAUUGUAUCGACGGGCGACAUCGGCCACGAUCUCACCACCAUCAAUCUGCUGCUCUCCAAGCACAAGGCACUGGAGAACGAGAUACAGUCGCACGAGCCGCAGCUGAUGACUGUCGCCGCGGUCGGCGACGAGCUGGUUCGCCAGCAGCAUUUCGGCUCGGAUCGCAUCCGAGAGAGGCUUCAGGAGAUCCUCGCCAUGUGGAACCAUCUGCUGGAUCUCGCGGCUUUCCGAAGAAAGCGACUCGAGGAGGCGGUCGACUAUCACCAGCUCUUCGCGGACGCGGAUGAUAUAGAUAUCUGGAUGCUGGAUACUCUGCGACUCGUUUCAUCGGAGGACGUCGGCAGAGACGAGGCGAACGUGCAGUCGUUGCUGAAGAAACACAAGGACGUAACGGACGAGCUCAAGAACUACGCCGCGACUAUCGAGCAGCUUCACCAGCAGGCAUCCUCUCUGGGCGAGCAAGAUGCCAAGUCGCCGGAGGUUCUGGAGAGGCUGACUUCGAUAGACAACAGGUACAAGGAGCUUCUCGAGCUCGCCAAGCUACGGAAGCAGCGGCUGUUGGACGCCUUGUCGUUGUACAAGGUGUUCAGCGAGACCGACGGAGUCGAGCAGUGGAUCGGCGAGAAGAACAGGAUGCUGGACACAAUGGUGCCCGCCAAGGAUAUCGAGGACGUCGAGAUCAUGAAGCACCGCUACAACGGUUUCGAGAAGGAGAUGAACGCGAACGCGUCCCGCGUCGCCGUCGUCAAUCAACUUGCCAGGCAGCUGCUUCACGUCGAGCACCCGAACUCGGAACAGAUAAUCGCGCGGCAGAACGAGCUGAAUCAGAAGUGGGCCGAGCUGCGCGAGAAGGCGGAGGGCAAGCGCGAGGAACUCAACUCCGCGCACGGCGUGCAGACAUUCCACAUCGAGUGUCGCGAGACCGUGUCGUGGAUCGAGGACAAGAAGCGAAUUCUCCAGCAAACCGACAGCCUGGAGAUGGAUCUGACCGGCGUGAUGACGCUGCAGCGCAGACUGAGCGGCAUGGAGCGCGAUCUGGCAGCGAUCCAGGCGAAGCUGGACGCACUGGAGAAGGAAGCGGAGAUCAUACAGAAAGAACAUCCGGAAGAGGCGGCCGUGAUACGCGAGAGGAUCGCGCAGAUCCAUCUGAUCUGGGAGCAACUGACGCAGAUGCUGAAAGAGCGCGACGCGAAGCUCGAGGAGGCUGGCGACCUCCAUCGAUUCCUGCGCGAUCUCGAUCACUUCCAGACGUGGCUCACGAAGACGCAGACCGACGUUGCCAGCGAGGACACGCCGACCAGUCUCGCCGAUGCCGAGAAGCUUCUCACGCAGCAUCAGAAUAUCAAGGAGGAGAUCGACAAUUACACCGACGAUUAUCAGAAGAUGAUGGAGUACGGCGAGCGGCUGACGUCGGAGGCUGGCGACGGCGACACGCAGUACAUGUUCCUGCGCGAGCGGCUCAACGCGCUCAAGAUGGGCUGGGAGGAGUUACAUCAGAUGUGGGUGAAUCGUCAGAACCUGCUGUCCAACUCUCUGAAUCUGCAGGUGUUCGAUCGCGACGCGCGCCAAGCGGAAGUGCUGCUGUCGCAGCAGGAGCACAUCCUCGCCAAGGACGAGACACCGGCGAAUUUCGAGCAAGCGGAGCACAUGAUCAAGCGACACGAGGCUUUCAUGACCACCAUGGACGCGAACGACGAGAAGAUCAAUUCCGUCGUGCAGUUCGCCGGACGUUUGGUCGAUGAGGGACACUUCGCAGCCGACAAGGUGAAGAAGAAGGCCGAGAACAUCAAUGAUCGUCGACGAAUCAAUCGCGAUAAGGCGAAUCAGCUUAUGGAGAAGCUCAAGGAUCAGCUUCAGCUGCAGAUGUUCCUGCAGGAUUGCGAGGAGCUCGGCGAAUGGGUGCAGGAGAAACAUAUCACCGCUCAGGACGAGACUUACAGAAGCGCGAAGACCAUUCACAGCAAGUGGACUCGUCAUCAAGCAUUCGAGGCGGAAAUCGCGAGCAACAAGGACCGCCUGCAGCAGUUGCAGCAGGCCGCGGACGAGUUGAUACAGCAGAAGCCGGACCUCGCCGAGAUCAUCAAGCCGAAGGUGACCGAACUGGCGGAGCAAUUCGUCGAGCUGGAGACAACGACGCACGACAAGGGCGAGAGACUGUUCGACGCGAAUCGCGAAGUAUUGAUACAUCAGACUUGCGACGACAUCGAUUCCUGGAUGAACGAGCUGGAAAAGCAGAUAGAAAGCACGGACACCGGCUCCGAUUUGGCGUCGGUGAACAUACUCAUGCAGAAGCAACAGAUGAUCGAGACGCAAAUGGCGGUGAAAGCGAAACAGGUGACCGAAUUGGACAAACAGGCGGAACACCUGCAGCGCACCGUGCCCGACGACAAGAUGGAAGAGAUCAAGUGCAAGAAAGAGAAGGUCGCCCAGAGAUUCGCGCAGCUCAAAGCGCUGAUCGAUCGCCAGCGGCAUCUCGAGAAGAAGAAAGAGGCCUUCCAAUUCCGGCGCGACGUCGAGGACGAGAAGCUGUGGAUCGCGGAAAAGAUACCGCAGGCGACCAGCCCCGAAUACGGUAACUCGCUGUUUAACGUUCACAUGUUGAAGAAGAAGAAUCAGUCGUUGCGCACGGAAAUCGAGAACCACGAGCCGAGAAUCAAUCUUGUGUGCAACAACGGGCAGAAACUGAUCGACGAGGGACACGAGGACAGCCCCGAGUUCCAGAAACUGAUAUCCGAACUGACGGAGAAAUGGCGCGAGCUGAAUCACGCGGUCGACGACAGGAACAAGCAUCUGCUGCAGAACGAGAAGGCGCAGCAAUACUUCUUCGACGCCACCGAGGCGGAGUCGUGGAUGAGCGAGCAGGAGCUCUACAUGAUGGUCGAAGAUCGCGGCAAGGACGAGAUUUCCGCCCAAAAUCUGAUGAAGAAGCACGAAUCGCUGGAGCACGCGGUGGACGAUUACGCGGACACGAUCCGCCAGCUCGGCGAGACCGCUCGGCAGCUCAUAAACGAUCAGCAUCCGCUGGCCGAUCAGAUCUCCGUGAAGCAAUCGCAGGUGGACAAACUGUACGCCGGCUUGAAAGAUCUGGCGGGUGAGCGACGCGCCAAAUUAGACGAGGCGCUGCAGCUGUUCAUGCUGAAUCGAGAGGUCGACGAUCUCGAGCAAUGGAUCCAGGAAAGGGAACUGGUUGCCGGCAGCCACGAGCUAGGUCAGGAUUACGAUCACGUGACUCUGCUGUGGGAGAGAUUCAAGGAAUUCGCCCGCGACACCGAGGCGAUCGGUUCCGAGCGGGUGGAGGCUGUGAACGGCAUCGCCGAUUCGCUGAUCGCCACCGGGCAUUCCGACGCGGCGACGAUCGCCGAAUGGAAAGACGGGCUGAACGAGGUCUGGCAAGAUCUGCUCGAGCUAAUCGAGACCCGCACGCAGAUGCUGGUGGCCAGUCGCGAGCUGCACAAGUUCUUCCACGAUUGCAAGGAUGUUCUCAGCAGAAUCCUGGAGAAGCAGAACGCCAUGUCGGACGAGCUUGGCCGCGACGCCGGCUCGGUGUCGGCCCUCCAACGUAAGCACGCUAACUUCAUCCAAGACUUGACCACAUUGCAGAGCCAGGUUACGCAGAUCGAAGAAGAAUCCGCCAAACUGCAAGCCAGCUACGCCGGCGAUAAAGCGCGGGAAAUCACGAAUCGUGAGGCCGAGGUCGUGGCGGCGUGGAACAAUCUGCAAUCGCUGUGCGACGGUAGGCGAACCAAAUUGGAGGACACCGGCGAUCUCUUCAGAUUCUUCAACAUGGUUCGGACUCUGAUGAUCUGGAUGGACGAUGUCGUACGUCAGAUGAACACGUCCGAGAAACCGCGCGACGUCGCCGGCGUCGAAUUACUCAUGAACAAUCAUCAAAGCUUGAAGGCGGAAAUCGACGCCAGGGAGGAUAAUCUAAUGGCGUGCAUUAAUCUCGGCAAGGAUUUACUCGCUAGAAAUCAUUACGCUAGCGUGCAGAUAAAGGAAAAACUUGCAGCACUGACCGAUCACAGAAACGCGCUGUUGCACCGAUGGGAGGAACGUUGGGAGAACUUGCAGCUCAUUCUGGAAGUCUAUCAAUUUGCUCGAGAUGCGGCGGUUGCUGAAGCAUGGUUAAUUGCUCAAGAACCAUAUCUUAUGAGCCAGGAACUCGGUCACACUAUCGACGAAGUUGAAAAUUUGAUCAAGAAACACGAGGCUUUCGAAAAAUCGGCAGCUGCGCAAGAAGAAAGGUUUAGUGCCUUGCACCGACUUACUACUUUCGAGCUGAAAGAAUUGAAACGACGGGAGCAAGAAAGAGAGGAAGAGGAAAGACGCAAGAAGGAAGAGGCGGCAGCGGCGGAAGCCGCACGUUUGGCCAAGGCAACGCCCGUCACUAGUCCAGACGAACCACCUAGCGAAAGAGCUGAAACCGACGGAGCAACGAGUGGUGAACGCGGAGAAGACGAGGGACACGUGGCACAUCGCAAGGCUUCCACACGUACACCACAGCCUCAAGACAAGCCCAAGGAAGUGCAUGCACAAAAACCUAGACAACUGUCUUUCCGGGAAGGAGGAGGGACUUCGCCUGUCGCACCAAUCUCUGCCAAAACUCCGCCGCAUGGUCCUCGCACACCGACAACCCCGAAAGGAAGCGGCUCCGAGUCUGCUUUAAGGCGUAAGGAACGCAGCCGCAGCAAGUCGCCGUUCAGGAGCUUCCGCUGGAGAAAGUCCGCCAAGUCGCCGAGCUUAGAUCGCAGUGGCGUGAGUGAUGAUGAGCAUAGUAUUCCCGAACAACGAAGUCCGAGCGACGACGAGUUCGAGGGGCCGUUGCAGCGGAAGCACGAGUGGGAAAGUACGACGAAGAAGGCGUCCAACCGAUCCUGGGACAAGGUGUACAUGGUCGUACGCGGACAGAACUUAUGUGUAUAUAAAGACCAGAAGUCGUACAAAGCUUCGCCCGAUCAAGCGUACAAAGGAGAGGCUCCUCUCGACUUGCGAGGCGCGACUAUUACUGUAGCGAGUGAUUACACUAAGAAGAAACAUGUCUUCCGAGUCAAGUCGCAAAGCGGAUCCGACUUCCUGUUCCAGGCCAAAGACGACGCCGAAAUGAACGACUGGGUGUCCGUGCUAAAUCAAGCGGCGCAAGGAACAUCAGGCGCCGGCACAUCAAGGGCCCACACUUUGCCCGCUCCGACACAAGCCGAAACUAAGCGGCGUAGUUUCUUCACUCUCAAGAAAAACUAAACUGGAGCAGUGAAGUACGGCGUAAGCCGCUCGUAAUGCGUCUGCACAACAUCGUGUUUAUGAGAAAUGUUUCGUCGCUCUACAUGGUUAAAGCAACGCUAAUAUAAAAUUAGAAGACAUGGCCACAUGGUGUUAUGAAAUAAAUUGAAGGAUUGAACGGGUCUUUGAAAACGCCUACGUUCGAAGAACGGAGAUAUUUAACGGUUAUAUAUGUUGAUAUUUACAAGUGUAGGCUAUUGAAAGUCUAAUUAAAUUAGUUCUUCAAUGAAUUUUGGACACUUUGCAAUAUCGCUAGUUGAAGAACAUGCGAGACAUUUCAUGUCCCACGUUAGCGUGAUCAGACUUUUGACAUGGGAUUUAAUUCGGUCACAUUUGCGUGUAUACAUUAAGUCAUGUAUUCAAGUGCACGAUCAUUUCCUCUUGUCAUUCGAUGAAACAAACGAUGUCUUCUUUACAAAAUAUUCUAUAAGUUUCCGCAAAAACCUGUUUUUACAUUGAGAGGAAAAAAACACUUCGUCCAACAGAAGACAAGCUUAAUCCGUUGGGUUUGCAAAGAACGUAGGUUGGAGGAGAUAUAUCUUAAUCACGGUUUAUAACGACGUAUAAUUACUCUACACGAUGAUCUCGGAUUUAUGACGAGUUGAUUUUAACGCAUUUUGCAUUGCAUUUUAUUGCCGAUUCUCGUGUUAUUGAAGAGAUAUAGUCUCCAGCGAUGUUGAAAGGAGGACGAGAACGAUUCCAGCCGUGUCGGUUGCUUAGGAUAUAUCACUUUCAUUAUUCAUAUUAUUGCAACGCAGUAUUUUACUUCUUUUCUUGCAAACGUGUCGGUUUGCGUUUAAAUGACUGCCAUAUAUUUUAAGAACCACACUAACUUGGGACAUAAUAUUAUAUAAACUAGCUUUUAACAAAUUGUUAUGCAGCGCCCUAAGGAAAAAUCGCAUUGAAGAAUUAUAAAGAAAAUGUAAUAACUAACAAGAGAGUUUCCCCCUACCCUUAUAUGAAUCCCAAAAUAUCACAAUUCUCUGCAGAAUUGAAAGAGUAUUUAAAAUUCUUAAACUCGUGCAAAUGAUACAGUUUGUGUCAAGUGAGCGCUUACGGUAAAUCAUUAUAGCCGUGUUAUAUCACUGUCGCAAAUCACUUUGUAACUCACUUGAUAUCAACUUGACAUUUGGCGUGACGCGCGGACUAUAUAUUACUCUUUUGUAAUUGUUAACUCUUUUUUUUUUUUUAAAUAUUUAUCACGUUCUUAUCAUCUUAUUUCCUAGAGUAUAAGUCUCUAUUGUGAAGUUCUCAGAGCUCUUUUGCUUCGAAAUUUUUUAGUUUAGCGUACCUUGGAAAUUAUAAUGGUUUUACGAGAGAAUUUUACAGACAAUUUUAUUCGUUUUCCCAACUCAAUGCGACUCGACCAAACUCGAUCCGAUAUACUUUGUCUCUUGGGAAUGUAAGCCUUUUUUAGCGAUAGCGUCUUCUGACUCAUGUUUCAAUAUUUGGAAUGUCUAAGUUUUCGUAAUGUAAUCGCAUCGUCAACUACGCUUAUUCAAAAACUUGUAUAUACGGAGCAAUUAUACACGCAUUAUGCCCGCGAGAAUAAUUCUAAUCAAAA